GCAAGUGCGGGGCCGCCUCCCGCACUGCGGACUAGCCCUUGGCCCUACCAUAGUCAGUUUCUUGGAGCAUGCGCAGUCGUCUUUCGUGCCUUGGGCGUACGUCAAGAUGGCGGCGUCCCUAUCGUGUUCGUUGCUGAGGCGCCUUCUUAACCUUUCGCCCUUCAGAGGUGCCUACGGAGUUCAGGUUCCCCUCCAGACUCUUUGCACCAAAGCCCUUCCUGAGGAAGAUUCUUUGCCCCUAGAUCCCAUAACCCCUUAUAAGAAUGAACCCUGGAAAUAUCUGGACUCCGAAGAAUACCAGAAUCGCUAUGGUUCUCGCCCUGUGUGGGCUGACUACCGUCGAAACCACAAAGGUGGCAUACCCCCUCAGCGAACUCGAAAGACCUGUAUUCGUAGAGACAAAGUUGCUGGGAAUCCCUGCCCCAUCUGCCGGGAUCCCAAGCUGCAUGUUGACUUUAGGAACCUGAAGCUCUUGGAACAAUUUGUCUGCGCCCACACGGGUGUCAUCUUUCAUGCUCCGUACACAGGGGUCUGUAUGAAGCAACACAAGAAGUUGACCCAAGCCAUCCAGAAAGCCAGGGAUCAUGGUCUCCUCAGGUACCACAUUCCUCAGGUUGAACCUCGGGACCUUGACUUCAGUACCUCUCAUGGAGCUGUGAGUGCUACUCUACCAGCACCCAGCCUGGUGUCAGGUGACCCCUGGUACCCAUGGUACAGCUGGAAACAGCCACCAGAGAGAGAGCUGUCCCGUCUUCGACGCCUCUAUCAGAGUCAUCUCCGAGAAGAGAGUGGUCCCCCACCAGAGUCAAUGCCCGAAUUGCCACUCACAACCCCAGCUGAAGCCUCCUCCACUGAGCAGGAGAGCCCCCAGAGUGCUCUGUAGGAGCUGUAUCCUGGGAAGGGAUUAGAAGAGAUAGUGCCUAAAAAUUGCAUAACGGGAUUUGACUCUGGAGACUUGUGUCUGUUUGUGGCCAGUGGCAGGCCCAGGGCCCGAGAAAAGAAAUGAUUGUGUUGUUGAAGGGAAAAAAUACAUUUGAGGCUUAGGGAGGGCAGGACAGAUGUGUAUGGGAAACCCCAACCCCUAUAUAUUGUAAAUAGGCUAAACAUUCUGUUACUGCUUCAGACUUCUGCUAACUCAACUUUCCACAAUAAAGCUAUAUCUCUGUU